UGAUGUUGUGCUCCUGCCCAAAAUCCACUCCAUGCUUUGCUUCCUGCCAUGCUUCCCAACUUUGCUCAAAGUCGCCAGACUCCGAGCAAGUGGAGGGACCGCUGGACAGACUGAGGACUGAGUGGGGAAUCAGCCAAGGACCCACACAGGCAGAGAUGGAGCGGGCCUCAGGGGAACGAGGGAGGGACCUGAGGGGACAGCCUGGGCCCUGGGAGCUUCGACUUGGCCUGCUGCUGAGUGUGCUGGCCACCGCCCUGGCCCAGGCCCUGGCCCCGGAUGUACCAGGCUGUUUGCGAGGAAGCUGCUACCCUGCCACGGGUGACCUGCUGGUGGGCCGCGCCGACAGACUGACCGCCUCAUCCACCUGCGGCUUGCACGGCCCCCAGCCCUACUGCAUCGUCAGUCACCUGCAGGACGAGAAGAAGUGCUUCCUGUGUGACUCCCGGCGCCCCUUCUCUGCUAAACACAACCCAAACAGCCAUCGCAUCCAGAAUGUAGUUACCAGCUUUGCACCACAGCGCCGGGCAGCCUGGUGGCAGUCAGAGAAUGGUGUCCCCGUGGUCACCAUCCAGCUGGACUUGGAGGCUGAGUUCCAUUUCACACACCUCAUUAUGACCUUCAAGACAUUUCGCCCUGCUGCCAUGCUGGUGGAGCGCUCAGCAGACUUUGGACGCACCUGGCAUGUGUACCGAUAUUUCUCCUAUGACUGUGGGGCUGACUUCCCAGGAGUUCCACUGGCCCCUCCACGGCACUGGGAUGACGUAGUCUGUGAGUCCCGCUAUUCAGAGAUCGAGCCAUCCACUGAAGGAGAGGUCAUCUAUCGUGUUCUGGACCCUUCCAUCCCUAUCCCAGACCCCUAUAGCCCACGGAUCCAGAACCUGCUAAAGAUCACCAACCUACGGGUGAACCUGACACGGCUACACACGCUGGGGGACAACCUACUUGACCCACGGCGGGAGAUCCGAGAGAAGUACUAUUAUGCCCUCUACGAGCUGGUUGUGCGUGGCAAUUGCUUCUGCUAUGGACAUGCCUCACAGUGUGCACCCGCCCCAGGGGCACCAGCCCAUGCUGAAGGCAUGGUUCAUGGGGCCUGUGUCUGCAAACACAACACCCGUGGCCUUAACUGUGAGCAGUGUCAGAAUUUCUAUCAUGAUCUGCCCUGGCAUCCGGCUGAGGACGGCCACAGUCAUGCCUGCAGGAAGUGCGAAUGCCAUGGGCAUGCCCACAGCUGCCACUUUGACAUGGCUAUAUACUUGGCGUCUGGCAAUGUGAGCGGAGGUGUGUGUGAUGGAUGUCAGCACAACACAGCCGGGCACCACUGUGAGCUCUGCCGGCCCUUCUUCUACCGUGACCCAACCAAGGACCUGCGGGACCCAGCCGUGUGCCGCCCCUGUGAUUGUGACCCCAUGGGUUCCCAAGAUGGUGGCCGCUGUGACCCCCAUGAUGAUCCUGCACUGGGGCUGGUCUCGGGCCAGUGUCGCUGCAAAGAGCAUGUGGUGGGCUCUCGCUGCCAGCAAUGCCGUGACGGCUUCUUCGGGCUCAGUGCCAGUGAUCCUCUAGGCUGCCAGCGAUGUCAGUGUGAUACACGAGGCACAGUGCCUGGGGGCACCCCUUGUGACCGCAGCAGUGGAGCCUGUUUCUGCAAGCGUCUAGUGACUGGACAUAGCUGCAGCCGCUGCCUGCCUGGCCACUGGGGCCUGAGCCAUGACCUGCUUGGCUGCCGUCCGUGUGACUGCGACGUGGGUGGUGCCUUGGAUCCCCAGUGCAACGAGGCCACAGGUCAGUGCCGCUGCCGCCAGCACAUGGUGGGGCGCCGCUGUGAGCAGGUGCAGCCUGGUUACUUCCGGCCAUUUCUUGACCACCUAACUUGGGAGGCUGAGGAAGCCCGAGGGCAGGGGCUUGAUGUGGUGGAGCGCCUGGCCACCCCCGGGGGGACUCCGUCCUGGACCGGCCCAGGCUUUGUUAGACUGCGGGAAGGUCAGUCACUGGAGUUCCUGGUGUCCUCUGUACCAAGAGCCAUGGACUAUGACCUGCUGCUGCGCUUGGAACCCCAGGUGCCGGAGCAAUGGGCAGAGGUGGAACUGACAGUGCAGCGCCCAGGACCUGUAUCUGCCCGCAGCCCAUGUGGGCAUGUGCUGCCCAAGGAUGACCACAUCCCAGGGACUCUGCGACCAGGCGCUAGGUACAUGGUGCUUCCCAGACCUGUGUGCCUUGAGCCUGGCAUCUCCUACAAGCUGCAUCUGAAGCUGGUGCGAACAGGAGGAAGUGCCCAGCCUGAGGCCCCCUAUUCUGGACCCAGCCUACUCAUUGACUCGCUGGUGCUGCUGCCCCGUGUCCUGGUGCUGGAGAUGUUCAGUGGAGGUGAUGCUGCGGCUCUGGAGCGCCGUGCCACCUUUGAACGCUACCGCUGCCACGAGGAGGGCCUGAUGCCUAGCAAGACCCUUCCCUCUGAGGCCUGUGCCCCCCUCCUCAUCAGCCUGUCCACCUUUCUCUACAACGGAGCCCUGCCCUGUCAGUGUGACCCCCAGGGCUCACUGAGUUCUGAGUGCAACCCCCAUGGUGGUCAGUGCCUGUGCAAACCUGCAGUAGUUGGGCGCCGCUGUGACCUCUGUGCCCCUGGCUACUAUGGUUUUGGCCCCACAGGCUGUCAAGCCUGCCAGUGCAGCCCCGAGGGGGCACUCAGUGGCCUAUGUGAUGCGACCAGUGGGCAAUGCCCCUGCCGAACUGGUGCCUUUGGGCUUCGUUGUGACCGCUGCCAGCGUGGCCAGUGGGGGUUCCCUAGCUGCCAGCCGUGUGUCUGCAACGGGCAUGCAGACGAAUGUGACACCCACACAGGCGCCUGCCUGGGCUGCCGUGAUCACACAGGGGGUGAGCACUGUGAAAGGUGCAUUGCUGGCUUCCACGGGGAUCCACGACUGCCGUAUGGGGGCCAGUGCCGGCCCUGUCCCUGCCCCGAAGGCCCUGGGAGCCGGCGGCACUUUGCUACUUCUUGCCAUCGGGAUGGGUACUCCCAGCAGAUCAUGUGCCACUGUAGGGCAGGCUACACAGGGCUGCGAUGUGAAGCUUGUGCUCCUGGGCACUUUGGGGACCCAUCAAGGCCAGGAGGCUGGUGCCAACCAUGUGAAUGCAGUGGGAACAUUGACCCCACGGACCCUGAUGCCUGUGACCCCCACUCGGGGCAAUGCCUGCGCUGCUUACACCACACGGAGGGGCCACGCUGUGCCCACUGCAAGCCUGGCUUCCAUGGGCAGGCUGCCCGACAGAGCUGCCACCGCUGCACCUGCAACCUGCUGGGCACAGAUCCCCAGCAGUGCCCAUCCACUGACCGAUGCAACUGUGACCCAAGCAGUGGGCAGUGCCCGUGCCUCCCCAACGUCCAGGGCCCUAGCUGUGAUCGCUGUGCCUCCAACUUCUGGAAUCUUACCAGUGGUCGUGGCUGCCAGCCCUGUGCCUGCCACCCAAGCCGAGCCAGAGGCCCCACCUGCAAUGAGUUCACAGGACAGUGCCACUGCCGUCCUGGCUUUGGUGGGCGAACUUGUUCUGAAUGCCAGGAGCUCCACUGGGGAGACCCUGGGUUGCAGUGCCGUGCCUGUGAUUGUGACCCUCGUGGAAUAGACACACCUCAGUGUCACCGUUCCACAGGCCACUGCAGCUGCCGCCCAGGCGUGUCUGGCGUGCGCUGUGACCAGUGUGCCCGUGGCUUCUCUGGUGUCUUUCCUGCCUGCCACCCCUGCCAUGCAUGCUUUGGGGACUGGGACCGCGUGGUACAGGACCUGGCUUCCCGUACACGGCGCCUGGAACAGUGGGCACAGGAGCUGCAGCAGACCGGUGUGCUGGGUGCUUUUGAGAGCAGCUUCCAGCACAUGCAGGAGAAGCUGGCCACUGUGCAGGGCAUUGUGGGUGCCCGCAACACCUCAGCUGCCUCCACUGCGCAGCUCGUGGAAGCCACAGAGGAGCUGCGGCGUGAAAUCGGGGAGGCCACUGAGCACCUGACCCAGCUGGAGGCAGAGCUUACAGAUGUGCAGGAUGAGAACUUCAAUGCCAACCAUGCACUAAGCAGUCUAGAGAGAGACGGGCUUGCCCUUAACCUUACACUGCGGCAGCUUGACCAGCAUCUGGACCUGCUGAAGCAUUCAAACUUCCUGGGUGCCUACGACAGCAUCCGUCAUGCCCACAGCCUGUCAGCAGAGGCAGAACGUCGUGCCAACAUGUCGGCCCUGGCAGUGCCCAGCCCUGUGAGCAACUCAGCAGGCACCCGGCACCAGACAGAGGCACUGAUGGGUGCCCAGAGGGAGGACUUCAACCGCAAACACAUGGCCAACCAGCGGGCACUGGACGAGCUCUCUGCCCGUACCCACACCCUGAGUCUGACAGGCAUAAAUGAACUGGUGUGCGGGUCCCCGGGAGAUGCACCGUGUGCUACAAGCCCUUGCGGGGGUGCUGGCUGUCGGGAUGAAGAUGGGCAGCCCCGCUGUGGGGGCCUCAGCUGCAGUGGGGCAGCAGCCAUGGCGGACCUGGCUCUGGGUCGGGCCCGCCACACACAGGCAGAGCUGCAGCGGGCACUGGCUGAAGGUGGUGGCAUCCUCAGCCAGGUAGCUGAGACCCGUCGGCAGGCAGGCGAAGCACAGCAGCGGGCCCAGGCAGCCCUGGACAAGGCUAAUGCUUCCAGGGGACAGGCGGAACAGGCCAACCAGGAACUGCGGGAACUUAUCCAGAGUGUGAAGGACUUCCUCAGCCAGGAGGGGGCUGAUCCUGAUAGCAUUGAGAUGGUGGCCACACGGGUGCUAGAGCUCUCCAUCCCAGCAUCACCUGAGCAGAUCCAGCACCUGGCGGGUGAGAUUGCAGAGCGGGUCCGGAGCUUGGCAGAUGUGGACACCAUUCUGGCGCGUACUGUGGGAGACGUCCGUCAGGCAGAGCAGCUACUGAAGGAUGCACGGCGGGCACGGAACCGGGCUGAGGGUGAGAAACAGAAGGCAGAGACAGUACAGGAGGCACUGGAGGAGGCCCAGCGGGCACAAGGUGCUGCUCAGGGUGCAAUCCAGGGGGCAGUGGUUGACACACAGGACACAGAGCAGACCCUGCACCAGGUGCAGGAGAGGAUGGCAGGUGCAGAGCAGGCACUGAGAUCUGCAGGCGAGCGGGCUCAGCAAUUGGAUGGUCUCCUGGAAGCUCUUAAGUUGAAACGAGCAGGGAAUAGCCUGGCAGCUUCUAGCGCUGAAGAAACAGCAGGCAGUGCCCAGGGUCGUGCCAGGGAAGCUGAACAGCUGCUGCAGGGCCCACUAAGUGACCAGUACCAGACAGUGAGGGCCCUGGCUGAGCGCAAGGCCCAGGGUGUGCUGGCUGCGCAGGCACGGGCAGAGCAACUGCGGGAUGAGGCUCGGAGCUUGCUGCAAGCUGCUCAAGACAAGCUACAGCGGCUGCAAGAGCUGGAAGGCACUUAUGAGGAGAACGAGCGGGCGCUGGAGGGCAAAGCGGCUCAACUGGACGGGCUGGAGGCCAGGAUGCGCAGCGUGCUUCAGGCCAUCAACUUGCAGGUCCAGAUCUACAACACCUGCCAGUGACCCUUGUCUGAAGACUACCCCAGACCUGUCCCCAGUCUCUCCCUGCACGGAUUACUGCCUGUGCAUGGAACAGUCCCCAGCCUGGCAAGGCCCCCAAUAAACCGGUGUGAAUCCCUA